UAAAGUAAUCAGAGGGGCUCGUGAGCUCCGUCAGAGGAGCGUCCAGCCAUGAGCCCGCCGAGCUCCCCGUCCUCCAGACCCGCGCCGACAGCCCGCCCGUCGCCCUGACGCGCACCGCGGCACCGCCAUGAAGAGGCAAAACGUGAGGACCCUCGCCCUCAUCGUCUGCACCUUCACCUACCUGAUCGUCGGCGCCGCGAUCUUCGACGCGCUGGAAUCCCGCAAGGAGACGAGCGAGAGGGGAGACCUGGACCUGCGCAAGGAGAAGCUGCUCAAGACCUUCAACCUGUCCACGGAGGACUUCGACAACCUGGAGGAGGUGGUGCUGGAGCUGAAGCCGCACAAAGCCGGCGUGCAGUGGAAGUUCGCCGGCUCCUUUUACUUCGCCAUCACCGUGAUCACCACAAUAGGAUACGGCCAUGCAGCCCCCAGCACAGAUGGCGGGAAGGUGUUCUGCAUGCUCUAUGCCCUCCUGGGCAUCCCUCUCACCUUGGUCAUGUUCCAAAGCGUCGGUGAGAGGAUCAACACCUUCGUCAGGUACCUGCUCCACCGCCUGAAGAAGUGCCUCGGCAUGAGGCGCACCGAGGUCUCCAUGGUCAACAUGGUGAUCAUCGGCUUCAUAUCCUGCAUGAGCACGCUGUGCGUCGGGGCACUGGCCUUCUCGCACUUUGAGGGAUGGAGCUUCUUUCACGCUUACUACUACUGCUUCAUCACGCUCACCACCAUCGGCUUCGGGGACUACGUGGCGCUGCAGAGCGAGCAAGCUCUGCAGAACAAGCCGGAGUACGUGGCCUUCAGCUUCAUCUACAUCCUGACGGGCCUGGCUGUGAUCGGGGCCUUCCUCAACUUGGCCGUGCUGCGGUUCAUGACCAUGAACGCCGAGGACGAGAAGCGCGACGCCGAGCAGAGGGCUCUCCUCGGUCACAACGGCCAGGCGGGGGGACACGUCCGCUGUUCCGCGGACCAGGCCUCCUGCUCCUCCGCGGCGUCCGGCUGCGGCGGAGGAGGGAGCGCGGUCGGAGGCAGCGGGGGAGGGGCGGCUAGCCGAGGUCUGCGUAACGUUUACGCCGAAGUGCUCCACUUCCAGUCCAUGUGCUCCUGCCUUUGGUACAAGAGCAGGGAGAAGCUGCAGUACUCCAUACCCAUGAUCAUCCCGCGCGACUUCUCCAGCUCCGACACCUACAUGGAGCAGGGGGAGGCGUUUUCAAACCCGCUGCACUCCAACGGCUGCGUGUGCAGCAUGCAACGCAACUCGGGCAUCAGCUCGGUUUCCACCGGUCUGCACAGCAUGAACUACAGAAGACUCAAUAAACGCAGGAGCUCCAUCUAAACCUGGAGGAUUUCAUGCUUUAGCGUCCAGCCCCCACUGAGGUGCCACUUCUACCGCGGUGAUGAGUUAGCUGAGGACAUCAGGGGGAACUUCGGUCCCCCCGAAGCGAUGUUUUCUUCUUUCUGGCCCGUGGAGAGCCCGGUGCUGCAUCCUGCAGCCGCCCGUGCAUUUAACCUCCAGCACAGACCAUUUAGGACGGACAUCGCUACGGAUGUUACGGAGAAAUGAUGCUAACGGUUGAUGGACAAGCAUUCGUUACACAAGCUCUGGAGCCAGGCGAACAAAGUUUUCCUGCAGCUCAGAAUUCUAAUAUUAACCAUCAUAUGAUUGAAUUCAGUAUUUUCUUUGUUCAUGAGAUAUGUGAUAUAUGGGAAAGGGGACAAAUAACACUGUGAGACAUGUUUCAAAGAGGCGUCGUGCAUUAUGGCCUGAAAUGAAGAACUAUUGUAAUGAUCCAUCCAUCAAAGUAGUCUUUGGUUGUAAGUAUUAUACUCACUGCAGUGAAAAUGAAAAAUGUAUAUGUUUGGACACUUAGUUCUGUAGGUGGUAUCAAGGCAAAGCUUAUUUUUUCAGUGAAAGAUAGAAAAAACAUCCUCAGUGUCUUCUCCUCCGUGUCUGUAGGUUCACGCCCAACUUUUAUUUUCCGUCCAUGAGAAAACUGUUCUUGACAACAUUCAAAUGCUGGUUUUGAAGGAGAGGGAGAGGCCACGUUCGGCUUGCACGUCUUGCUGAAGGAUUGGACACUUGUAGCUGCUGUGGGAAUCAAACCUGGGACAAUGUCUCUUACCACUUUGUCCUCCCCGCAGACCCAUUCACUAUGUGUACUCACUACAUAGUUUCUUCCUGCACAUAAGACUGUUUUAAUGUACAUGUCGCUCAUCACAUGUUUUAUAUAGCACAAAUAUAUUAUGAUAGCUUGACUUAGAUAAUGUAAGCUCACUUUUAGGGAGUCAUAUCUUAUUCACUGCUGCACCUUAGAAGACAGUUGCAUAUGCUUUUGGGCAUUCAGCCCACUAUUCCGUUUUUAAUGGAAUCACAUUGUGUUUUUUUGUGUGAAUGAUGCGCUGUAAUUCAGUCUUUGGGUGUGCUAUCAGUCUGCAAUGUUUGACUGGAUUCUGUGUUAUUAGGGAUUGAGAAUAAUAGCAGUUAACCUCACUGAUAAACGGCCUCCGAGUUUGCGUCUCAUGUCUUUGCUCCAGAAACUUCAUUCAUCCAAAAGAGCUCUUUAUGCAGCGUUACCUUUUGUCCUUUUUUUCUAAUUUUCUUGCAUAAUCAUUAUGCUUAUUAUCACCAUUAUCAUUACUAUUGUUACUAUUGUUAUUAUUAUUUUGUAUUUUAACUUAAUAAUGUCUCAAUAUUGUAUUCAUAUCACAUUCUUUUCAGUCACAUGUUCUUUGUCUUAUCAGCAUUGUUAUUGUUAUUCAUCCCUCAUGACCUGCAAGAGAGACUGCAGUUGGCUUUUUGUGUUAUACAUUUAUCUGUUUUUGUUCCUCUGUCAUAAUAAAAUAUGGUUUAAAUUAAAAUAACAGUAUAUUUAUUUGAUAGUCAAGUGAUCUAAUUACUAUUUUGUUGUGAGGUAUGCAUUUGUUUAAUUUUCCCCAUUGUUAUGUGAUAUCAUUUGUGUUAGUUCUCAUAUCAUGGCUUACUAAAGGGGUGUUAAUUGUUCAAUUAUUCACUUUGUUGAGAGAUUAACAGCAGUAAGUGUUGAGAGUCAAUGCCCAUUGAAAAGUAUAUCAAGUAAAAAAGUCAUUCACGAGACUCGUUCGGGGUUCUUUACCCUCUUUUAGACUUUGUUUCCCAGCAGACAGAAACAUGAAGGAAACUUUCAUACAAAGUCAAUGAAGGAUGUGAAUAGUUAUCCUGUCAGGUAGGGGCAGCAUAAAGUAUUAAGCAACAGCUGUCUGCUGUUGGCAAUAAUCUAUUAAAUAAGGAGAUUAUUUAUUCGAAACAUUAAAUACUUAACUGAAAGGGGUCGUAACGUUUUUCAAAUUCUGCUGAUAAAUGUAAAAUUAGAGGGAUUGAAAGGUCAUGAUAUGAAACCAAACCAGUGCAGCCAUAUAUAUUUGAUAGCCAUCACAUAACUAUAAUAAUCAUCACAGAAUGUCUUUCAAAUUCCCCAAAACCUUACUGAAAACAUAAUAAUGGAUAUUUUUUGUUUAUUCAAUCCGGAGUUUAUUCAGCAUGUUUUUAGAACUGUGUAACAGGAACAAACAGAGCAGGAUACAGACAUGCAUGGAUCCGUGAGUUUUGGGACACAAAUGUCAUCUGACAGGCAGCAGAAGCUCAUGCUUGGUCAACCAAGCAUUCCAAAGUAAACAGAACAUUGUUUUUCUCUUAAGUCAUGCUCAAGUUAAACAACUUUAGAGCUCCAAAAGAUACAUAUAACAAUUGUAAAGAUAGAUCUACAUAUUGCAGGUAAUUCACAUGAAAUUUAAGAUCCUUCGAGGCGACAGUAGAG